AUGGGGAAGAAAUAUUGCUGCGUUCCUGGAUACAGCAACACUUCUCAAACAUUGGAUGAAUAUGGAAAUAAAAUAAUAUUGCAUCGCUUCCCUAUGUCGGAGAAAAAGGCCCAUAUUAAGCGUCUCUGGAUUCAGCGACUUCGACAUGUGAGAGCAAAUUUGGUUGUAAAAGACCACACACGAGUUUGCAGUGUUCAUUUUGAGGGAACAUUUACUGAGGAAUCGAUUCCCACAAUUUUUCCAAGUAAACCCAAAAAGGAAACAAAAUCCCGAAGACCUCUUGUAAGAAAAAUUGAAAAUUCAUUUCAAAAUGAUGGUUCAGGGCAAAGUGAUACUGAAAAUCCACAAGAUAAUCCUGUGUCAAUGUACAAUGAUGUUGCAAUACAAACUGACCUCAAAUAUUUUUAUUCAAAAGAUGCGUACACAAAUACAGAAGAGCAUUGUGUACAUGUUUCAACUGCAACCCAGACGACUGGCAGCCCUUUGUCUACUGUUAAUGCUGAAGUUCAGGCAGAUUUGCCUAGGAUGACAUAUGAAGAUAUGAAAGAUGACGAUUCUAAAACAAGAUUUUAUACAGGUUUUGCAACUUUUCAAAUUUUUUGGAUGUUUUUUGCAGUGCUGAGGCAGAAACAUGGUGCAGAGAAACUCAAUUACUGGGAGGGAGAGACAAGGUCCAUGGGUGAGAAGUCGUAUCAUGAACCAGGGGUUAAAAAGCCUGGCAGAAAACGUUUUUUGAGACCAGUGGAUGAAUUCUUGAUGGUUUGCAUGAGACUUCGUUUAGGGCUGCUUCAGGAACACCUUGCUGAUAUUUUCAGGGUGUCCGAAACGACAGUAUCACGAGUAAUGAACACUUGGAUUAACUUCCUCUAUGAUCACUGCAAAUCCUUAAUAAAGUGGGUCUCCAGAGAGCAGAUUUUGUGUAACUUACCAAAGCUUUUUAGCAUGCACGCAGAUACUAGAAUUGUGCUUGAUUGCACAGAAUUUUUUAUUGAAAAACCGUCCUCUUUAAAGGCACAGUGGAUGACGUGGUCCGAAUACAAACAUUCAAACACUUUUAAAAUAUUGAUUGGUGUGUCACCAAGUGGUAUGGUAACCUUUGUGUCAAGACUGUGGGGUGGGAAUGUGUCAGACAGACACAUUACUCAGCACGAUGGAUUUCUUCCAAAACUGUCACCAGGUGAUGUUGUAAUGGCAGAUAAAGGUUUCACAAUAGAAGAUUUGUUACCAGCUGAUGUUGGAUUGAAUGUUCCACCACGAGUAUCAAGUACAUGCCAGAUGUCAAAACAUGAUUUCUUUAAAACAAAUAGAAUAGCUUCAGCCAGAAUAGUAGUUGAAAUGAAGAUGGAACAGAUCAAAAACUACAAUAUUGUGAACUCAGUUUUACCAAUUUCAGAAGUGCACUUAUCAGAACAAAUUAUAGUUAUCUGUACAUCUUUAACUAACUUAUUGCCUCCACUUCUGAAGUGA